CGCCGGCGGGGCCGCGCGGGGAGAAAGACACUGGAAGGCGGCGGGGCGGGGAGCGGCGCGCGCGGGCCGCGGCGGAGCAGGAGGCUGCGAGGAGAGCCCGCGGGGGCCAGAGGGUGCGAUUCCUCCGCCCCCGCAAAACAAUGUGCAGCGUGCGGCAGGGCGCAACUUGCCGGAGGCGGCGGGGGCGCGCCGAGCCCGCCUGAGACCGCGCCGCUGACCUUCUCCCCCGCCGUCCGUUGGGCCCGAGCGCCCAGCUCCUCGCUCCCCAGCUCGCGGGGGCCGGGCCGAGCUGCGGGGCGGGGCCGCCCCUCCGUCGCUGCUGCCUCCUCCCCCACCCCCAGCCGCGGAGGAUGCGGACGGCCCCCGGCGGCGUCUAGCGGCCCCGGGCCCAGGCGCGAUGGUGCAGCAACGGGGCGCGAGGGCCAAGCGGGACGGCGGGCCGCCGCCCCCGGGGCCCGGGCCGGCCGAGGAGGGGGCGCGCGAACCUGGCUGGUGCAAGACGCCGAGCGGCCACAUUAAGAGACCGAUGAACGCGUUCAUGGUGUGGUCGCAGCACGAGCGGCGGAAGAUCAUGGACCAGUGGCCCGACAUGCACAACGCCGAGAUCUCCAAGCGCCUGGGCCGCCGCUGGCAGCUGCUGCAGGACUCGGAGAAGAUUCCGUUUGUGCGGGAGGCGGAGCGGCUGCGCCUCAAGCACAUGGCGGAUUACCCGGACUACAAGUACCGGCCGCGCAAAAAGAGCAAGGGGGCGCCCGCCAAGGCGCGGCCCCGCCCCCCCGGCGGUGGUGGUGGCGGUGGCGGCAGCCGGCUCAAGCCCGGGCCGCAGCUGCCUGGCCGCGGGGGCCGCCGAGCAGCGGGCGGGCCUUUGGGGGGCAGCGCGGCGGCGCCCGAGGACGACGACGAGGACGACGACGAGGAGCUGCUGGAAGUGCGCCUGGUCGAGACCCCCGGGAGGGAGCUGUGGAGGAUGGUCCCGGCGGGGCGGGCUGCCCGGGGACCAGCGGAGCGCGCCCAGGGGCCGUCGGGCGAGGGGGCGGCUGUCACCACCGCCUCCCCCACUCCGUCGGAGGACGAGGAGCCGGAGGAAGAGGAGGAGGAGGCGGCGGCGGCGGCGGAGGAAGGCGAAGAGGAGACAGUGGCGUCGGGGGAGGAGCCGCUGGGCUUUCUGUCCAGACUGCCCCCCGGCCCCGCCGGCCUGGACUGCAGCGCCCUGGACCGCGACCCGGACCUGCCGCCCCCCUCGGGCACGUCGCAUUUCGAGUUCCCGGACUACUGCACCCCCGAGGUUACCGAGAUGAUCGCGGGGGAUUGGCGCCCGUCUAGCAUCGCCGACCUGGUUUUCACCUACUGAGCCCACCGUCAGCGGGGCGCGCACGCCCCCAAACCAGCUGUUUACAUACAGGAAUCAGGUAUUGGGGCCCCUCGGAGGCCGAGGCUGGCACCCCAUCUCCCGCGCAGCCUCCCCCCUCCUAGACGUGCCCAUCCCCCUCAAAUCCAGACAUGCCCCUCCCCCGCAGACACACCCCAAGGCAGCCCAACCCCCACUCUUUCCCUGACAUCCAAGUCCCGCCCCAUCUUGCCCCCUCCCGCACAGCCACCAGCAGCCAGCCCCCCUCCUCUACACCGCCCGUCCACUCCUACAGACCUGCACCCCUCCCCCACCUUGCACACGCCCCUCCUCGUGGCCGGAGGACACGCCCCUGCCCUUGCUCCUGAAUCCCUCCGCCUUUGCCUAGCCCGCCUCCUCUCUUGUUUAGGGGGGCGCUGCGGCUGGGCGGCACCGCACGCUCCUCCCAUGCCCCCCUCCUCUCCCUCGCCGAGCGCCAGGGCCCGCCCCCUUCUCGCGCAUGCUUAAUGCUUCUUGGGAGGAGGGGGUCAGUCCCAGUCGAACCGCAUGCCUCUGUGGCCCGCUUCGGGAAGAAUUGGGGCGGGUAUUGAACGAUCCUGAGAAAUCUUUUGAUCCGGGAGCCGCGGCUUCCUUUCAACCCGACGGGGCGUCACUGCCUUAAUGGGAGGAGCGCUAAGGAAGGGGGAGAAAGAGACUAGCUGGCCCGGAAGGAUUUGGUUUGGAGCUUGGAACUCUCCCUGGUGGCAUAGCCCCUUUUCCUUGCGGGGUUGCCCAAACUGAGGUGCACCUCCUCCUCCUCCCUCCCCCCCACCCCCUGCCCAUACACACCGCUAGGCUGCCUCUACAGUCUACCUUGGUUCCAGAAACCUCCCUUUUUUUUUACCCCACCUGGGAAUUGGGAAUAGGGUCUUCAUCCGGAACUGGACCACGAGAGGACUGCCCAAGAAAACUCCGAACCAAGGCAUUUCAGUCUAUCUGGGGACAGGGUUCUUGCUGCUCCCCACUCCACCCCCUCCAAGUGCCCCAUCAAGUCAAAGGCACACUCGCAGUCUGGGCUCCUCCCUACGCCGACCACUCCUUUCUAUCACUCGAGUCCUGUGCCCACAGUGACAGUAUUCAGUGGGAGAAACUGAGGCACGUUGGUACAGGGUGGGGGGUGUUGAGACUGAGGCAUGAUAGCAGCCGGCGUGGCAAGAAGACCCCCACUUUUAAACAGCUGGCUUGAGAGAGACUAACGACUGGGCCAGUGAGACUGAAAGGAGGGUCAGAGUAGUAGAGGUCCGCCGUUUGCGCGUGUUUUUCCAUGUGAAAACUCGGGAUAGCGCUGCUGCCUGAGGAGGUUGUGUUCCGUUCCGUUCCGGGGUGCCCUCAAUGAUCCUACCCCUCUUAGUCCUCAAAUCCUGCCCCUCCGGCCUCCCCACGCCCCCUUCAGCCCUCACUACCUGUAUCUCACCGGCGUGUGUUCACCCUCUUGGGUGUGCACACACUCUCAUUCACACACACACAAAUCUCAGGAACAAACGGUCCCAGAGUCCUCUCGGACCCCUGCCCAGGGUCUCCGCAGGUCUCUGCCCCACGCGUUCCCGUCGCUGACAAAGCCACCAGCUGCCUCCUUUAAGCUUGGUGCUCCGGCUCUGGGCCUUUCUCGCGCUCUCUCUCUCUCUCUGUCUCUCUCUUUCUCUCUCUUUCUCUCUCUCUCUUUUUUUUUUUUUUAAAGAAAAACAACAACAAAAAGACAAUGAAAAAAUCCAGAAAACGUCAUGUGAGUGAAGAGAUGUCACUGUCUGUGGUCUUGGAGAACUAGUCUAGUAGCCGAGGGGAGGGGUCCCUCUGAUCUGGGGCACUGGCACCCACAGCAGGACUCCGCCAGUCUGAUGCCAGGACUGAAUAAAGUGUAUUUGCCCCGACCUUGCCCUGUGGUUCUACAUGUCUGUGCCUCUCCUCAACCCUCCCCCAGACAGUUUGCCAGAGGGAAGUCCAUGUGACUUAGCACCGUGCAGGAAGAGCGGGGGUCCUUUGUCUCCCCCUAUUUCAGGACUCUCUGGUCUUCAUUAAGGAUGACAAACUCAUCCCUGCAGGGCCAGGCAUGUGACACAAGUGACAGAGUCUGGGUAGACAUGGGCUUCCUGACCAACCUCAGCGGGGGGCAGCCACUCACCUCAAGCCAGUCGUGACCUUGUGGGAAUGCAGCCCACGGUGGCCAGAUUGUUCAAGAGAAGGUAGAAAUCUGGAUGUUUCUAUGAACUUCUCAAUUGCAAAUGAAAGCUGACUCAUAAUAUUUUUAAAAACAGGUGUGCAGGCAUUACCUGGUCCAAGGGGGGCCAGUUUGACCCUGCCCUUAAUGAGAAGUAAGAAGGGUCGGCCACAUUGUCUGGGCUCAAAAGCCCGAGUACCACCACCCCUGAACACCUGUGUGACCUUGAGCAAAUUUACUUCACCCUGACUCUUUUCAUAGGAUUAACGUGUAAGAACGUUUAACAGUAGCUGCUUCAGGCUAAAAUGAAGUUUGAGGUCAGAAAUAUUUAAUAAGAUGCUCCCUAAAGUGUAUUACUCCAUUGUCCAGAGGAGGAAACAGGCUCAGGGUGGCGAAGCAACCUCUAGGAGGGCCUACCAGCAGCCAAGGUCAGAGUUGGGCCCCACAUUUUGGUUCUCUCCUUGUGGGUGCUGCCUCUCCUUCCCUGUCCACAGAUGGUGUUAGGCUGUCCUCUGGGGGGGCCCCCAGCGGUGGUGGGGUUGGUCCCAGUAUCUGGCACAUAAUUGGCCCGUGGUGUAAUUUUAUUAAAUAACUGAAGAAGAGCAAUGGGAGCCACAGUGAUUCUUGUCCCUGAGAUUCUUACCAGAAUGUUCUGGAAACAGAGGAAGGCCAGUUCCGGUGAAUUCCUAAAGUUGAACAGAGCCUGUUUCCCCAAGUAAGAACCAAGGUCAAGUGUACAGACCUCAUCCAGAGAGGGUAUUUGGGGACUGGGAUACCCAUAGACAAUUGAAAAGAAGACUAUAGCAGGUUUGGGAGCGCCGGGUUCCUAUAGAAAGGGGGUCUGGUUGAGGGAGGUGAAGCUUCUGAUUUAAAGCAAGAAGGCAAAAAAAAAAAAAAAAAAAAAAAAUCCUCUAGGAUAGAAUUGAGAAGGUGAGAAAGACAGAACUAGGUGCCACCAGAACCCCCUAGAAGGAGGGACUUGCCCAGCGAUGAGAAGUAUGUCAGUGGAUAGCCUCCUGCUGCUGAGAGCCCUUUGACCCAGGGCAGCCUGCAUCCGGUGUCCCAGGGAGAUCAGGUAUCUAGACAAAUGCCUGGCCAUUUUGGUUCAGCGCUGGGGACUGGACAGACACCGACAGGCAGCGCCAGUGCACAACCUCCCCCUGUGGUCACUCACCCAGGGCAGCCGAGGCUCUGCCAGGCCUGCAGUACAGUUUGACCCCCUGUACCCAAUCCUGCUUCCUCUUCUUUUCACAGGUGUUUAUACCUAAUAAAUAUCUUGCACCCCA